CAGUAUCAGCGAGGCAUCGCCAGUACGGCGGCACACAUUCUCGCAUACGGCCGCUUCACACAUAAAAUUCGCAGAAGGAACUAACUGCCCGUGGUGACACGAUGAAGGGCCAACUAUUUUUCAUGGCCGUGUUGGUGGCUGCAUUCUGCUCCACUGAAGCCGUGCGGCGGCGACACCGGCGCCUGCGCACUACAACGACAACGGAGCCGGCGAUGUUUGCUGCGGCGCGGCUUUUCCCGCCAGCCCUUCAUCGCACUGACACAGAGGCUGAACACAUUGAACUGGCGAUGGCUGAAAAGCUCGAUGAGAGGCGCUUCCAGGAAGCAGAAAAAGCACGCGUUAAUGAACUGAUGAAUGGGGAUUCAAAUGAGGAGGCAGAAAACGAAGUCUUCAUGGAUGAUCCUUGCCUAAAGGUGCAUUGCAGCGCUGGUCGCGUGUGCGAGAUCGACGAACAUGGAGAUGCUGUAUGCAACUGUAUCAAAGAGUGUCCGUAUGAGACAGACUCACGCCGAAAGGUGUGCACUCAAAGCAACGAGACCUGGACAUCCGACUGCGAAGUAUACCGUCAGCGGUGUCUCUGCUUAGACGGCUCCGAGCUCUGCCGUGGCCCACAAUACCACCACGUACAGAUUGAAUACUAUGGAGAAUGCCGUGAAAUGCCUGAGUGCACAGAGAGCGAAAUGGCCGACUUCCCGCGUCGUAUGCGUGACUGGUUAUUCAACAUAAUGCGUGACAUGGCCGAGAGGCGCGAGUUGCCAGCACACUUCAUGCGUAUGGAAAGAGAGGCCGAAUCUAACCUCACCCGCCGGUGGACCAAUGCUGCUAUUUGGAAGUGGUGUGACCUUGACACACAUGACAAUGACAGGUUUGUCUCCCGUCACGAAUUGUUCCCAAUCCGUGCUCCACUGAUGGCUUUGGAGCACUGCAUCGCACCUUUCCUCGAUCUUUGUGAUGAAGACACUGAUCACCGUAUCACACUGGCCGAAUGGGGGAAGUGCCUUCAGCUCGAUGAGUACGAGUUGGAAGAUCGGUGCGACGAGAUUUCUGAUGACGCAGUGUAGUCUAUGGCGCUGCAACUUAAGUAUAGCUCUAACUUACCUAGUCUCAACAUCUACGUUUCUAACAACGAACCAACUUCAUCCACAUUAUGUGCUUUUCUAAGCCACUGUGAUUAUGGAACCAAAAAUUGAAAAGGAUACACAAUAAUCUAAUAUUUUUGUUAUGUAACUUUAAUAAAAUAAAAUAAUAUGCUUAUUA